AUGCGUUACUCCUCCGCACUGCUGGCUCUGGCCGGCCUGGCGAUGGCCAGCGAUGUCCAUGAGCUCACCAAGGACACCUUCAAGGACUUUGUCACAGAGAACGAGCUUGUGCUCGCAGAAUUCUUCGCACCGUGGUGCGGUCACUGCAAGGCGCUUGCACCAGAGUACGAGGAGGCGGCCACAACACUAAAGGAGAAGAGCAUUGCACUGGCCAAGAUCGACUGCACCGAGCAGCAAGAUCUCUGCCAAGAGUACGGCGUCGAGGGAUACCCAACGCUCAAGAUCUUCCGCGGCGAGAAGAACAUCUCGCCAUACUCUGGCGCACGAAAGGCAGACGCCAUUGUUUCGUACAUGACCAAGCAGUCCCUGCCAGCCGUCUCCCUCCUCACCACACAAGCCGCCCUCGACGAGUUCAAGACCGCCGACAAGGUCGUGCUCGUCGCAUACAUCGGGAAGGACGACAAGACAUCCAACACCACAUUUACCGAGAUCGCGGAGGAGCUCCGGGACAGCUACCUCUUCGCAGCUACCUCUGAUGCCGACUUGGCCAAGGCCGAGGGCGUCAAGGCACCAGCCAUUGUUCUCUACAAGCAGUUCGAUGAGGGCAAGAAUGAGUUCACCGAGAAGUUCGACAAGGAGGCCAUCACCGAGUUCGCCAAGGUCGCCGCAACACCAUUGAUUGGCGAGGUUGGCCCAGAGACAUACGCUGGAUACAUGGCUUCCGGCCUUCCACUCGCAUACAUCUUCGCCGAGACCGCUGAGGAGCGCGAAUCGCUCGCAAAGGAUCUCAAGCCACUUGCUGAAGAGUACAAGGGCAAGGUCAGCUUCGCUACCAUCGACGCCUCUGCCUUUGGCCAGCACGCUGGUAACCUCAACCUCGAAGUUGGCAAGUGGCCAGCUUUCGCCAUUCAGGACACCGCCAAGAACCAGAAGUUCCCAUACGAGUCCGCCGGCGACAUCAAGGAGCUCACCGCAAAGAAGAUUGGCAAAUACGUCAAAGACUUCGUCGCCGGCAAGGUCGAGCCAAGCAUCAAGAGCGAGCCACUUCCAGAGAAGCGCGAGAAGGGCGCAGUCCAGAUCGUCGUUGCAAAGAACUACGAGGACAUCGUCAUCAACAGCGACAAGGACGUUCUCCUCGAGUUCUACGCUCCAUGGUGCGGACACUGCAAGGCUCUCGCACCAAAGUACGAUGAGCUUGCCGGUCUCUACAAGGACUAUGAGGACAAGAUCGUCAUUGCCAAGGUUGAUGCCACUCUCAACGACGUCCCAGAUGAGAUCCAGGGCUUCCCAACCAUCAAGCUCUUCAAGAAGGGCGAGAAGUCCGAGCCAGUCGACUACAACGGUUCGCGAACUGUUGAGGAUCUCGCCAACUUCAUCCGCGACAACGGCUCUGACAAGAUUGACGCAUACGUCGAGACUGCUGGUGAGACUGAGACUGUUGAGACCGACGGCAUGCCACAACAGGCUGCUGCCGCCACUGAGGGUGUGAAGGAGAAGGUUAAGGAGGAGGUGAAGAAGGCUGCUGAGGCCGCCAAGGAUGCUAUCCUUGACAGCGAUGAGGUCGCUGACCACGAUGAGCUUUAA